AUGGCGAGCAAGGUGGCUGCACUGCUCUCAUGUGCAUUCUUGCUCCUAGGAGCGGCAUGCCAAGCAGCUGCUGGUUACUACAGUCCUCCGAGUCCUGCUUCGUGCGGGCUCAAGGUGGGGUACUACCACCACAAGUGCCCGCCCGCCGAGGCCAUCGUCAAGAGUGUCGUCGGUGCCGCCGUCCGGCAGAACCCCGGCAUCGGCGCCGGCCUCAUUCGCAUGCUCUUCCACGACUGCUUCGUCGAGGUCAAGACCCUAACUUACCAGGAGAAAAAAAUAGAAGCCUGA